AUGGAGCAGUACAGCCUCGUGGAUGAGGGUGCCCUUCAGUCCGAGAUGCACCUCCCGUCCUUCUCAGACAGCCAGGGCCUCAGCUGCAGCGACACCCUCAACCGGGACCUGGGUCCUAGCCCGCGGGACCUGCUCUACGCCGGCCUGAGCGGGCUGGGCCUGGACCCCAGCCUGCCGGCGCCCGACAUGCCCAGUGAGGUGCUCGAGGACAACUUAGACACCCUGUCCCUAUACUCGGGGAAGGACAGCGAUUCCGUGAAGCUGCUGGAGGAGUACGCAGAGCCCGAGUCGCAGACUUCCUUACAAGGUGAGGUGCCCCUAGGCUCCGGGGCCUGCGGCCCCGGUGCUGGUUGUGCACCGGGGAUCCGCGCGGGGCCUUGUGGUGGCCCGGCCGGCGAGGCGCCGCUGAGCCGUCCCCCUGUCUCUGCCCGCAGGACAGGGCACAUGCUCACCCACCAGAAGACGAAGCCGUUCGUGUGCGUCGAGCAAGGCUGCAGCAAGAGCUACUGUGACUACCGCUCCCUGCGCCGCCACUACGAGGUCCAGCACGGCGUGUGCGCCCUGAAGGAGGCCCCCCUGGAGGAGGAGCCCUGCGGGGACUCGCCCCACGCCCACGAGGCGGCCGGCCAGCCGGCGCCCGGCGGCCUGCGCGCCCUGGUGCCCCCGGAAGCCAGGUCCCCCGGCUCCCUGCUGCCCAGCCGGGACCUGCUGAGGUGCAUCGUCAGCAGCCUCGUGCAGCAGAAGAUGCCCGCGGCGCCCUCGGACCCCGAGGCCCGGGGGUCGACCGGCGCCUGCCCGGCUGCGUCGGGCUCCUCCGCCUGCGCCCCGGCCAACGCCCCGCAUGCGGCCGCGGACGCUGAGGGUGCCACGGAGCCGCGCCCCCCGCUCAAGGAGACUACUGGAGCUGACGGAUUCACGGGCGUCCUCCCGGGGGCGGGUGAGAACGGGGUCCCCGACGCCCCCGAGUCGGAGCUGUCUGUCCUCCCGCCGCCGGCCACCCUGGAGGCCUGGCCUGACGCCGGGCCCCGGCCGGCCCGCCUGCCUCUGUUCCGCGGCCAGACCGGCCCCGCCGGCUCCCAGCCGCCUGGCCACAACUUCCAGUGGCUGCGCAACCUGCCGGGCUGCCCCAAGGGUAAAGGGAACAACGUGCUGGUCGUGCACAAGCCCCCUGCGGCGCCGGCCCGGGAGGGCUCGGAGCCUGGCCCGGCGCCCAGCGGCGCCUCCCCGGGCGUGGAGGCUGCGCCCGGCUCGGACCUGCUGCCCUUCCCUGCCGCGCUCCUGAAAGCGCACGGGGACACCCCGAGCGACACCAGAGGCGCCGGCGGGGACGACGCCGCCUGGGCCUCCAAGAAGAGCAAGCACGAGGGUGACUCCCAGGCCUGGCAGAGCCCCGGGGAGCCCGGCGCCCAGGACGCCGCGAAAGGCGGCGGGCCCUCGGCGGAGGCCACGCCGCUCUUCCGGCCGCUCUUCCUGAAGUCGCCGGAGUCCCUGGUGAGCCACGAACAGAUGCAGGUUUUCCAGAUGCUCACCAAGUCGCAGCGCAUCUUCGCCGCAGCCCAGCUCCCCGGGCCCGAGGCCGCCCUGAGGCCUCUGCCGGGCUCCUGGCCGCAGCAGCCCGCUGUGGACUCCGUCCAGGUCAGCCCUGGAAACCCGGAGCCCCAGGGCUCCCCGGCCCGCAGGAGGAAGUCCACGCCCGCCUUUCCCCGCGAGGCCUCCCCCGGCAUCGCGCGGCAGGAGGCCACGGCAGGACCGAAGACUGCGCCGUCCCUCCCGUCCUCAGCCGUGGACCCUUCUGCUAACCCAGACGCCUCUUCUCUGGCCAAGCAGCUGCGAUCUGCCAAGGGGGCGCUGGACCUGGGGGACAUCUUCCCCUCCCCCUGCCCAUGGCAGAGCCAGCCGGGGGGUGACGAGACACCUGCUGCCCAGCUCCCUGGGAAGCAGGCCCGGGCCCCGAACGGCACAGCCUCGGGGGCCACGAGAGGCGACAAGGGCCCGGCCUGCUCCCGGGGCGCAGGCUACAGGCUCUACUCGGGCAACUCCAGGGCCCAGCGCUUCUCCAGCUUCCGGAAGGAGAAGGUGAAGAUGGGUGUGUGCUGUGCCGCGUCUCCAAGCCAGGUAGCCAUGGCCUCCUUCUCAUCAGCCGGGCCUCCAGCAGAGCCCUCACGGGAUGCCAAGUCCAAGCUGACCAUAUUCAACAGGAUCCAGGGUGGAAACAUCUACAGGCUCCCCCACCCGGUGAAGGAGGAGAACAUGGCGGCUGGAUGUAACCAGCAGAAUGGGGGCCUGGCAGACUGGGCAGAGCCAAGGAGCACUUACGUCUGCAAGAACUGCAGCCAGAUGUUUUACACCGAGAAGGGCCUCAGCAGCCACAUGUGUUUCCACAGCGACCAGUGGCCGUCGCCGUGCGGGAAGCAGGAGCAGCAGGUGUUUGGCUCAGAGUUUUGCAAGCCACCAAGACAGGGGAUGAGGCCAGAUGGGGAUGGGCAAAGCCCUCCAGGAGCCAAGAAGCCCGUCGACACCGCGGCAGCAUCCCCUCUGGUGAUCCCUGUGUCUGUCCCUGUGGCCCCCAGGACCUGGCUCUCAGCCAAGGGACCAGACAAAGAUGGGGAGGAGCGAGACAGCUGCCAGUACAGGAAGCGGAAGAAGCGUCCCCAGGCCAAGGCCCUGUCCAUGCCUCCCGCACGCUCGGCAUCUGGGGAGCCAGGCCCCGGCGGGCGCCACCAGAGCUGCCUGCGGUCCCCGGUGUUCCUGGUGGACCAGCUCCUGCACGGCCUGUUCCAGUGCUUGCCCUACACGCCGCCCCCCAUGCUCAGCCCCAUCCGGGAGGGCUCGGGGCUCUACUUCAACACCCUCUGCGCCCCGGCCACGCAGGCGGGUCCCACCAAGCUCCUCAGCACCGUGCUUGGUCCAGUGGACAGCUCUCUUGGCAUCUUUGUGGUGAAGGACGACACUAAGAUCAGCAUUGAACCACACAUCAACAUCGGGAGCCGCUUUCAGGCUUCGAUCCCGGAGCUGCAGGAGAGGUGCCUGGCUGACGCGGAGGAACACGUGGCCGCUCUGGUCUGGAAGCCGUGGGGAGACGUGAUGACCAACCCAGAAACGCAGAACCGAGUGACGGAGCUCUGCAACGUGGCUUGCUCCAGCGUGAUGCCAGGAGGGGGCACUAAUCUGGAACUCGCGCUGCACUGCCUGCACGAGGCCCAGGGCGACGUCCAGAUUGCCCUGGAGACGCUCCUACUCAGGGGACCCCAGAAGUCCUGGACUCAUCCGCUCUCUGACUAUCGCUACACAGGUUCCGACAUCUGGACCCCCAUGGAGAAGAGACUCUUUAAGAAGGCGUUCUGUGUCCACAAGAAGGACUUUUACUUGAUACACAAGACGAUCCAGACAAAGACAGUCGCCCAGUGUGUGGAGUAUUAUUACAUCUGGAAAAAGAUGAUCAAGUUUGACGGUGGCCGAGCUCCGGGGCUGGAGAAGAGGGUCAAGAGGGAGCCAGAGGAGGGAGAGAGGACGCAAGAGAAGGCCACUUGCAGCCCUCGGGAGAGACCCAGCCACCGUCCAACUCCCGAGUUAAAGAUGAAGACCAAGAGUUACAGGACGGAGGCCAUCCUCAACUCCAGCCCCGACACAGGCCCCAAGAGGACCCCUGAGCCGCCAGGGAGCGUGGAGAGCCGGGGUGUCUUCCCCUGCAGAGAGUGCGAGAGGGUGUUCGACAAGAUCAAGAGUCGGAACGCCCACAUGAAGCGCCACCGGCUUCAGGACCACGUGGGGCCCACGGUCAGGGUGCAGUGGGCGGAGAAGCCCUUCCAGCUGAAGGAGGACGAAGAGGAGGAGGAGGAGAUGGGGGCUGACAUGGGCCCCCUGCAGUGGUGA